UGGUCAGCUGUCAUUUGUCGUCUGUGCUGUCAGUCGUGUUGAAAAUUUAUUGGUUCUGUUUUUCUGAUUAUUUUUAAAAUUAAAUUCUUAAAGUAUUUAAAUAAAAAGUAAACAGUUGUAUAGUAACUACUUUCGCAUUGGAUAAUGUGAAUCAGUCAAAAUUUUAUUGGAUACUACUAGUACUGCCACGUAAAAGUAUCCAUUGUAUACAACGCGUAUAGUAAGCAACUGAGGUUAACAAAAUGAUGCAAUUCAUGUUGCUGUUCAGCCGCCAAGGCAAGCUGCGUCUACAGAAGUGGUAUGUGGCUCAUCCUGACAAGCUGAAAAAAAAGAUAACCCGGGAGCUCAUCACCACUGUGCUGGCGCGCAAGCCCAAAAUGUGCUCGUUCCUCGAGUGGAAGGAUGUCAAAGUUGUUUAUAAAAGAUAUGCAUCGCUGUAUUUCUGCUGUGCCAUGGAGCAAGAAGACAAUGAGCUGCUCACCCUGGAGCUGAUCCACCGAUAUGUGGAAUUGCUUGACAAGUAUUUUGGAAGUGUAUGUGAACUGGAUAUUAUCUUCAACUUUGAGAAGGCCUACUUCAUUCUGGACGAGCUGGUGCUAGGCGGCGAGCUCCAGGAGACCAGCAAGAAGAAUGUGCUGAAGGCCAUCGCUGCGCAGGACCUGCUGCAGGAGGACGAGGCCGUGGACGGAGCGCUGCGCGAGGUGGGCCUCCUCUGAGCCCUGCCCUCGGCUGAGGCCUGCCAGGACCCGCCCUGAGGACUCCACGAGUGGGCGACCAUAAUAUAAGGACUUGCGUUAAAGUGUAGUGUUUUAGUUAAUGAUACUUUCAUAUUAAAUUCUGAGGUUGUAUAUCUGUUUAUUUAAAUUUUUUAAAUAUAUUCUCUUGAAAUUAAUUUGAUUACUAAACAAAAAAUAUAAAUCAAUUAUUUUAAUCAUGUCUAUUUUGCUAAUUUAUGGUGCAAUAACUGAACAAUGCAAGAAGAACUAAUGUAAGAAGUAGUCGUUGUGGUCGUAUUUUUUUUUUGCAAUGUCGCCUCUAAUUAACUUACUAUCAUAAAGUUGGAAUAUCUAAAAGAAAACGACGGAUACAUUUUAGUUACUAAGAAAAAUAUGUAUUUUAGCAAAUAAUUUUAGAUUUUGCAACGGUUUUCGAGUAGAGGUUUUUAAAACUCAGUAUAAUAGUAGUGCAUAAGGUAUAUGCUAAACUACAAUAAAGCAGUGAAACUUUUCUAAAAACCACCCAGUCAGAGCUGUACUUUUAUACAAACACGAUUCUGGGGAACUCUUGUACAACCAAUAUGUAAUAGUAAUUACAUAUUAGUUAUAAAAGAUUACAAAAAAUACAGUGCUGGAAAUUGGGGUAAGCAGUUAUCAUCAUGAUGAAUGAUCGUUUAUAUUCCAACAGAUAUAUAAUCAAAGGAUUUCAGGACUGAAAGUUUUAUUUAUUUUUACCACAGUAUUUAAUGGUGCAUUAUUUUGCUCCAUCGAGAGAUUAAAAUUUAGUAUUGAUUUACAAAAUUUAUACUCCUAAUAAGAGAUUAAGAAUUUUAAUUAUUGGAUGUGUAUUAUAACUGAAAAGUCCGUAUUACAAUAAGUAUUCGUGUUUUUGAAUUUUUUUUUUUUAAAUUAGACUUUUGAGAAUGCAAAAAUAAGCAACAUUUUAUUAUAUGUGGACCAAUAUCUUUUUUUUCGUUUUUUUUUUUAAUAAACCCCCACUAAAUUACAUAAUGAAUAAAAUACUAAUAUCAUAAUUAUUGUAAUCACUUUAACAUAAAUAUAUAGUUAGUGAGAUUCCUAUACGUUUGUUUUGAUGAAGAAUGGUCAAUAUUUCACACUUUUUGGAAGACAGUUAAAAUCACAGAACUGACUAGAUCGCUAAAAGCUAACGUGGUUAAAAUAGUAAAAAGAUAAUAAAUAUAAUUUUAUAAUUAAAAAUAUUUUAAUUAUACGUGCGAGGUUUAAAAGUUAUUCCGAUUAUUAGCCAUUCUUCAUCGACGUUUUAUUGUUAUUUUUGGUUAUUUUAAAUGUUUAUUUUUGUUACUUUUAAUUUUAUUAACUUCUCAACGAAUUUAUGUACAAAAUAAAUCAUUUAUUUUUUAUUAAAACUUGUUACGUUAUUAUAGCAUUAGGUGUCAAGUAUAGAGUAUUUAAUCUUAUUUAGAUAAUAUAAAAAAAAUAUUUGAUUACUGUUGUUUAAAAACUUAGCACUCAAGUAUAAUUCGCUAUCAUUUACUACUUCCAUUAAACAAAACUUACUGUAUUUCUUAAUAAUAUAAUUUUUUUAUAAUAAUGGAAAAAAGGUUGGCCGGCAGAUGUGAAAUAUUUAUGGAUGAGGAGUCGAGCGCAAUCGUGCCGUUUGCCGUCACGGCAUUCGAGAUUUAUAAUGCUAGAACUACACGAUAUUGUAGCCCAUCGUGUAGUGGGCGUUGUGGUGUUUGAAGCCAUGGCGUAGCCUUGACACUUGAGAUAGCACCGUGGCCAGUUGUAUAGCGCACAUCAAUGGAUACUGGCCAGUGAUGACCAUAAGCAUACACAUGGAAACAUGCUUAUGGUCAUCAAUGCUCAGUGUUCGAAAUAAAAAUUUACUUUGUUAAACCAGUUGUGAUGAACAGAUAUCAUCCACCAACCUCUAUUACUUACGGCAUUUUUAUUACUAACUUUUUUUCUCGUAUCUAUACUAUUGUAUUGUAGGAAGUAAUCGCUGGAUCUACUGAUCCGAUUUGGAAAAUUCUUUUACCACUAGAAAGCCACGUUAGUUGUGAGUGUCAUAGGCAUAUUUUAUCGCCAUUUUCUUACUGGAACUACGCGGGGCGUAAGCUUGCUCUUGUUACUGAUAUAACCUGCUUCUUGUUGUUGAUAUAACCGUCUCACCGACCAUUUGAUGGGCCAGUGCUGCUCCAUCGUGUAGUACUAGCAUUAUGACCAAGGUGCGCCAAUAGAUAUUUCACAUCAAACAGAGUGUCGAGUUUUAAGUAACGAGUCAAGUGUAGUGUGUGUCCAGUAAUUUUAGGCAUUUUAAACUCCCAAUCUGGGGAAAAUUUCCUACUGAGCUGAAUUUUUGGAUACACCUUUAUUACGGUGUUAUUAUGAAGAUGUGAAAAAUCAACAUCCAUAUCGUGCCGGCUAACAAAGUUACAAACCUUAACUUCGAGGUAGAAUGCGAGGCGCGUUUUUUACCCGACUGCAAGAAGGGUUAUGUUUUUCGCGCGUAUCUUCUAUGUAUGUAUAUAGGUAAUAUUCUUUAUUACCAUAAAUAAACCAUAAUUACUUUAAAUAUAUAUACAAAAAAUCAGCUUAGUAGGAAUUUUUUCUCAGUUAAAACCUAUCAUUACUGGACUACUAGAACUUUUAAGUCAUUAGUACAGUGUACGAAUAUGUUAAGGUGCCAAGUAAAAAUAAUUUACAAUGUUUAUUAAGAACUACUACUAAUCAAACGAUAGCAUAACAUACCUUGUGGUGAAUAUUUUCUUACUGUGAUAGAUACAGUAGGUGUCUAUGUAAACAUUCAAUAUUUUUUUUAAUAUAAUAAAUAUUUCGAAA